AUGGACCGAGUAGCCGUAUCCGGCCGAGUGCUAAGACGAGGACUGAUAGAAGAUUUUCUACAAGAAGAUCAUGCCUUCUACAAGGUCAUAGUUGGCGAUUUCAACGCUAAAGUUGGCCCAAGAAGAACGCCGGAGGAACUUCACAUCGGGACCCACGGCCUACAAUGGAAUGACCAGGGAGAGAGGCUCUCCGAGUUCAUCAUGACGACUAAGACCAUCCAUGGGAACUCGCAAUUUCAGAAGCCCUCUUCUUUACGCUGGACGUGGGAGUCACCCUUUGGAGGGUACCGUAAUGAAAUAGACCACAUCAUCGUCAAUAAAAGGUUCUGCCUGACGGACGUCGGUGUUGUACCAAAGUUCUAUACGGGAUCGGACCAUCGCCUCCUCCGAGGAAGAUUUUCCUUCACAAGGAGAGUAGAGAAGGCCGCCAAGUUCAGAGAGAGAAAUCCCAGGACUACCAUCAACUGGGAUCUCUUCGCUACGCUAGCCGGCUUUUGGGAAGAUUCCGCAAUGGACAACAUCGACGAGGAAUAUGACCGGCUUGUCGAACACCUUCACGACUGCGCGAAGAAGGCUGAGAGUUUUAAAACCACCAAGAGGCGCCUGUCUCUUGAAACUCUUGAGCUGAUACGCCAGCGUGGAGCAGCACGAGCCGCAGGGAACCAAGAACUCACGUCCGAGCUCGCAAGGCUUUGCCGAGAGGCGAUAAAGGAAACCCUUAAAGAGAGAAGAGCAGAACGGCUGGCUGAAGUUGCAGAGGCGGGGAAAAGCAUCCGCUAUGCCCGUCGAGACUUCGCCAGUCGCAAGACGAGGAUGACUGCUCUCCGGAACCCAAACGGAACAGCCAUUGCAUCGAGAAGGGGGAUGGAGAAAAUCAUCUACGACUUCUACUCUGAUCUCUUCGACAGCCAUAGGUUCUCCCCGUCCGAAAUACGACAUGCUAUCAUGUCGGUAAGAAAUCGUACGGCACCCGGUCCCGACAGAAUAAGACCAGAACACCUGAAGAGCCUUCCGCCAGUACUCAUCAACACCCUGGCGAGGCUCUUUACACGUUAUCUGUCGGAAUGCAAGGUUCCUAAACAGUGGAAGACCAGCAAGACCGUGUUGUUGUAUAAAAAGGGAGAUCCACAUGACAUCGGCAACUAUCGCCCAAUCUGCCUACUGUCCGUCAUCUACAAGCUCUUUACAAGAGUAAUCCUUAAUAGGAUUGAAAAAGUCUUGGAUGAAGGACAGCCAUGCGAGCAAGCAGGGUUUCGAAAAGGAUUCAGCACGAUUGACCACAUUCACACUGUUUCGAAACUCAUCGAGGUAUCACGAGAGUACAAGAUGCCGCUCUGUCUCACCUUCAUCGACUUAAAGAAGGCUUUCGACUCGGUUGAGACGGAAGCGGUCGUGGAAGCCUUGGACAACCAAGGCGUCUCUACUCAAUAUAUAAAGGUACUUCGAGAGCUGUACAGUAACUUCACGACCGGAAUUUCGCCAUUCUACAAGAACAUCAUCAUUGACGUGAAGAGGGGGGGUUCGACAGGGUGA